AUGCCGAUCAACCAACCCUCCAACCAGAUCAAGUUCACCAAUGUGUCCAUCGUGCGACUAAAGAAAGGCAAGAAGCGCUUCGAACUAGCCUGCUACAAGAACAAGCUCCUCGAAUAUCGAUCCGGUGCCGAGAAAGACCUCGACAACGUCCUCCAAGUGCCCACCGUCUUCCUCUCCGUAUCAAAAGCCCAAACCGCCCCCGCAGCAGAACUCAACAAAGCCUUCGGCGCCGACACUCCUCGCGAUGAAAUUUUACAAGAAAUCCUGCGCAAAGGCGAAGUGCAAGUCGGCGAGCGCGAACGAAAGGAUAUCCUCGAGCUCUCCGGUCGUCUCGUCGACCCAAACACGAAGCGCGUCUAUACAUCGGGCAUGAUCUCCAAGGCACUAGAUCAGCUCAGCUCGGCCAGCGGUCAACAAAAUCAGCAACCAUCGACUGGCGAUGGUAACGGCGGAGAUGAUGAGAAGCCUGCUCAACCUAAGAAGCCUCUCUGGACUGGUGUCUCUGCCACCCGCUCUGCCAAGAGUCAAGCGCUGGAUGCCAUGAAGGCCCUCAUUGCCUGGCAGCCAAUUCCUGUGAUGCGGGCGCGCAUGCGACUCCGUGUUACCUGUCCGGUGUCCUUCCUGAAACAGUCUGUCAAGGCUGCGCCCAGUGCUGCUCCGAACAAGGAGAAAGAGGCACCGGCCGGAAAUCCCAAAACCAACAAGAAGAACAAGAAGGGGACAAAGAAGUCUGGUAAAGGCGGAGAUGAUUCCGAUCUUGAAGCUGGCGGUGAGGAGGUGGAAACCAGUCCGAAGGCACCGGGUACCGUAAAGGAUAAGAUUCUGAACUACAUUGAAUCUAUCGAGUCUCAAGAAGUGAGCGGUGACGAGUGGGAGGUGGUUGGAUUCGCGGAGCCGGGAGCUUUCAAAGGAUUGAAUGAUUUUGUUGGCAAUGAGACUCGCGGAAGGGGAAGAGUGGAAGUCUUGGAUAUGUCGGUGACGCAUGAAGAUUGA